AUGGAAGUCAAGAAAAACACCUUCUUGGAGAACUUGCGCCUGAAAACUAAGUUUGUAAGACUGAAGAAGCCAGCUAAGAAGACGCCUGGCAAGCAGGGGAAGAAGCUGGCCUAUCGGCGCAGUAUUUCCGUACCAGACCUAAGGUUUGUGCCAGGUGAAGCAUCUUCUUCCUCUGAUUUCUUUAGCAUCUCCCCUGGUGUGAGUGAUACUGAUUCUGUCGCCAGCGGCUCCGUCACUGAUGGACCACUUUUCACAGACAAACUGAGUGAUUCAGUCCCAGAAAGCACACCCAAAGUUCCUACAGAUCAGGCAGCUGCUGCUUUGAAAAGAAUAAGUUUACCAGUGGGGACACCGACCCUUUAUGAGGAAGUUGAUGAGUUGAUGAAUUUAGGCUCAGAGAACAAGGUGACUCAAGAAGGCUUGUAUACACAAGUGGAUAAAAGAUCCAAGGGCAGUUUACCUAAAUUUACUUUUGACCCUACUCCUUCACCAAGAUCUGUUUUUACCAACGCACUUGAUUCACCAAAACCAGACCUUACUGAGAGACAGAGUGUCUCUGGUGAAGACACCCCAGCAGACCGAGCUCUUGCAGGUAGGGUUGCUGCAGCACUGGCCAGAGCAAACUCCCUGGGAGACCAAGUGAACCCUUUCACAGAAAGGAGGACCACAUCAUUGGAGCAGAAUAAGCCAUCACGUGAAAAAGGGACCCCUGCAGCUCCUGCAGACAGAAUGUCGCUGAUGUUGGAGACUCAGGGGACUCCUUUGGAGAGUGCAGAUGGCAACUUUCUGGACUCUUCCUGUGGCACUCCCAAUGAGGAGCAAGUCAACAUGCCCUCAACGACAGAUUCGGAGGAACAGGACCAAGAACUCUGCUCCCUCCUAUUCACAAGUGGGUUGUCUGCAGAAGAAGCCAUGCAAGAAGAAGCCCAGAUUGAGGAGGCCUUGGAAGAGGUCAGUUUACAGUGUAUUUAA